GCUCCGCAGCGGGCAGGCGGGAUGCCGGAGCUGCUGGCGGAGCUGCAGGAGGCCGUGGGCUCCCAGCUGGGUGUCACUCAGGCCCAGGCAGGCUCCGGGGAGCUGCGUCUGGUGGGCGGCGGCGGCGGGCGCUGUGCCGGGCGCGUGGAGGUGAAGCACGGCGGUGAGUGGGGCUCCGUGUGCGUCUUCGACGGCGACAGGGAAGCUCUCUGGGCCGUGGUGGUGUGCCGGCAGCUGGGCUGUGGCCGGGUGGCCAGGGCGUCCCCGUACGCCUCGUUCGGGCAGGGCAGUGGGCGGAUCUGGCUGCAGCCCUUCUACUGCUUGGGAACCGAGGAUACGCUGGAGGAGUGUCUACACUUGGGAUGGGGACGGCACUUCUGCGGCCACGAGUGGGACGUGGGAGUGACCUGCACAGAUGCCGUGGAGCUGAGGCUGGCGGGCGGCAGUAGUCCCUGUGCCGGGAGGGUGGAGGUGAAGCUGCAGGGACAGUGGGGCUCGGUGGCAGACGACAACUGGGACAUGGAGGACGCCGAGGUGGUUUGCCAGCAGCUGGGCUGUGGCUCGGCUUCCGGUGCCUACUACGCCCUUGACACAUUCGGUUUAGAGGGCUGGCUCAUCAGCCUGGCCCUGGUGGACUGCAGUGGGAACGAGGCCACACUCUUGGACUGCAAAAUCCGUGGCUGGGGACCCUAUAACAGCAGCAUUCAUGACUUGGACACUGCCGUUUUCUGCCAAGGGUUCUCCCGGCUAGUCGGAGGUGAUGGAGCCUGUGCCGGGCGUCUGGAGGUGCGUCAGGGCCGGGCCUGGGUCGGUGUCUGUGAGGAUCAGGUGGACAUGAAGGCGGCCCAGGUGGUGUGCAGGGAGCUGGGCUGCGGUGACGUGCUCGCCAUCCCUGGCCGUGCUGGAUUUGGGAGAGGAUCAGGAUCAUUCUUGGACAGGGGCUUCCAGUGCAAUGGCAGCGAGCCCCUCCUCAGUGCCUGUGCCCGGCGUCCGGCCCACAGGCAGGGCUGCACCGGCCCUGCCAGCGUCACCUGCUCGUCCUACACGGGCUUCCGGCUGGGCAACAGCAGCUCGGGAUGCUCCGGGCGAGUGGAGGUGGCGGUGCGGGGCACGUGGGGAUCCGUCUGCGCCAGCGAGUGGGACCUGGCCGACGCGCACGUCCUGUGCCGCCAGCUGGGCUGCGGCCGCGCCUUCAGCGUGCCCCCGGGAGGCUCCUUCGGCAGCGGGGAGGGGCCGCUGCGGCCGGACGCCUUCGGCUGCAGCGGGAGCGAGCGGCACCCGGGCGAGUGCCCCGUGGCCGUGCUGGGGAAGCCGCCCUGUGCGCCGGGAAACGCCGCCGCCGUCAACUGCUCAGGCAGUGCCGAGUCCCUGCGGCUGGUGGAAGGUGAGACCCGGUGCGAUGGGUUUCUGGAGAUGGCCGUAAGCACCGGGGCGUGGCACCGUGUACCAGGAGAGGUUUCGCCCGUACGGAAUUUCAGCAAAGUGUGCUGGGAGCUUGGCUGUGGAGGACUGGACAGGACUGAUGCUGUCCAUGGUCAGAUCUACCUGUCGGAUGUCAACACGACGGAGAGGCCCAUGACAGAACGGGUGAUUCCAACCAUCAUAGACACGACCCCCAAUGCAACCACUGGGACAAUUAGCGAUGAUAAUUUUGGGAAUGAAAGGGAGUUUGUCACAACUGCACCAGCUGACAUCCCUCAUGGGAGCUACACUGUGUGCUCAGGCAGCCGGCAGGUGAGGCUGGUGGGGAGCUCUGGGCGCUGUGCCGGGCGCGUGGAGGUCUAUUCCGGUGGCAGCUGGAGCUCCGUGUGCCAGGAAGGCUGGGACCUGCAGGACGCCGCCGUUGUCUGCCGGCAGCUGGGCUGUGGCAGGGCACUGGAUGCGCCGAGCUCGGCGCGCUCGGGUGCCGUCCCGGGGCCGCUGUGGCCGUACAUCCCCGACUGCUCCGGGUCCGAGGAGUCUCUCUGGGAAUGCGGGCGCACGGAACGGCGCCAGUGCGGGCGCGGCGGCGGGGCAGGUGCCGUCUGCUCAGAGCAGCUCUCCGUGCGGCUGGCAGGAGGCCACGGGCGCUGCCGGGGCUACCUGGAGGUGUCCUACAACGGCACCUGGGGCCGCGUGUGCGCCAGCGGCACCAGCAGCGGCACCGCCGCCGCCGUCUGCCGCCAGCUGGGCUGUGGGGACCAGGGCUCGCUCUCGCCUGUCCCCUCCCAGCAGCCACCUCUUGCGUGGCUGGCCUGGGUGGGCUGUGAGGACGGGGCCCGCUCGCUCUGGGGCUGCCCCUCGGCCCCCUGGCACCUGCAGAGCUGUGGCACCGACGGGUACGCACAAGUGGAGUGUGAGGAGGACAGUGACGGCACCUCUGAUGGACACAGCGCCCCAUAUCCAGAGGGUGCCACCAGCACAGGUGUCCCCAGCAGAACGCCCUCAGCAGUGGCCCUGGGGACUGUGCCUGUGCCCACUGUGCUGUGCGUGGUGCUGGGGACGCUGCUGUGCCUGUCCCUGGGUGCCCUGGCCCUGCUGCUGUGCCGUGCCCGUGCCCGACGCCGAGGCCCUGGCAAAGCUGCAGAUGCCACCUCCAAUGCUAUUUACGAGGAGCUGGAUUACAAAGCCAUGCCAGAGUCCCAGGAGGUGCCCACUCCCCCAGGUUCCCUGUCGGAGGGAUGGGUGAAGAAGCUGCCGUAUUACACCGGGGACAGCGUGGAGGGGAGUGACUCCGAGGCAGCGCCAGCCAGAACUGCAGUGGGGGAAGGGAUUCUUUCUCGUGGCAAUCGGAAGGCAGAAUGGAGAACGAGGGGGCUUCAGAUGGCCUCUUACACCGGCAAGGGACCCGGGUCACUGCUUUUCCCAGAUCCCCCUGCCCAGCCCGAGCAAGGAAGCCCGGAUGGCUACGACGAUGCCCUGGAUGUGCCACAGGAGGCCCCUGCUCCCAGCACGGGGGACAUCUCUGAGGGAGUGGCACGGCAGAAGUGGAUCUGUGUCCUCCCCACAGGUGGGAUCUCGUCCCCUCCAAGUUCCCCAGGAGCCACCAGGGACCCCACGGAUCAGCCCCCUGGGCACAUGGACUAUGAUGAUGUGGGCUGCAGCGCCCUGGGGACACUGCCACACCCCGCGGUGGCAGGGCAGCCGGGCCAUGGCCCCUGCCUGCGGCACGUCGUGCUCCAGGAGGUUCCCGAUCUUCGGGGCGGGCUGCAGAGCCCGGAGGGUGUCCAGAUCCUGCAGCAGGGGCUGGCUGAAGCCGCUUGUGGGGAGGGAGGGAGGGAGGGAGGUGCAGCCGCAGCCGCGAUGCCGGUGCGGCCCUGCCUGUCCCGCAGGCUCCGCUGCCCGGCUCGGGAAUGCCGGGCAUGGGAGGGGCCGUGGCAGGGCCCUCACUCACCCGAGGCUCCGCAGCGGGCAGGCGGGAUGCCGGAGCUGCUGGCGGAGCUGCAGGAGGCCGUGGGCUCCCAGCUGGGUGUCACUCAGGCCCAGGCAGGCUCCGGGGAGCUGCGUCUGGUGGGCGGCGGCGGGCGCUGUGCCGGGCGCGUGGAGGUGAAGCACGGCGGUGAGUGGGGCUCCGUGUGCGUCUACGACUACGACGUGGAAGCUCUCUGGUCCGUGGUGGUGUGCCGGCAGCUGGGCUGUGGCCGGGUGGCCAGGGCGUCCCCGUACGCCCCGUUCGGGCAGGGCAGUGGGCGGAUCUGGCUGCAGCCCUUCUUCUGCCGAGGCACCGAGGAUACGCUGGAGGCGUGUCCGCACUUCGGAUGGGGACGGCACUUCUGCGGCCACGAGCGGGACGUGGGAGUGACCUGCACAGGGUUCUCCCGGCUAGUCGGAGGUGAUGGAGCCUGUGCCGGGCGUCUGGAGGUGCGUCAGGGCCGGGCCUGGGUCGGUGUCUGUGAGGAUCAGGUGGACAUGAAGGCGGCCCAGGUGGUGUGCAGGGAGCUGGGCUGCGGUGAGGCGCUCACCAUCCCUGGCCGUGCUGGAUUUGGGAGAGGAUCAGGAUCAUUCUUGGACAGGGGCUUCCAGUGCAAUGGCAGCGAGCCCCUCCUCAGUGCCUGUGCCCCGCGUCCGGCCCACAGGCAGGGCUGCACCGGCCCUGCCAGCGUCACCUGCUCGUCCUACACGGGCUUCCGGCUGGGCAACAGCAGCUCGGGAUGCUCCGGGCGAGUGGAGGUGGCGGUGCGGGGCACGUGGGGAUCCGUCUGCGCCAGCGAGUGGGACCUGGCCGACGCGCACGUCCUGUGCCGCCAGCUGGGCUGCGGCCGCGCCUUCAGCGUGCCCCCGGGAGGCUCCUUCGGCAGCGGGGAGGGGCCGCUGCGGCCGGACGCCUUCGGCUGCAGCGGGAGCGAGCGGCACCCGGGCGAGUGCCCCGUGGCCGUGCUGGGGAAGCCGCCCUGUGCGCCGGGAAACGCCGCCGCCGUCAACUGCUCAGGCAGUGCCGAGUCCCUGCGGCUGGUGGAAGGUGAGACCCGGUGCGAUGGGUUUCUGGAGAUGGCCGUAAGCACCGGGGCGUGGCACCGUGUACCAGGAGAGGUUUCGCCCGUACGGAAUUUCAGCAAAGUGUGCUGGGAGCUGGGCUGUGGAGGACUGGACAGGACUGAUGCUGUCCAUGGUCAGAUCUACCUGUCGGAUGUCAACACGACGGAGAGGCCCAUGACAGAACGGGUGAUUCCAACCAUCAUGGACACGACCCCCAAUGCGACCACUGGGACAAUUAGCGAUGAUAAUUUUGGGAAUGAAAGGGAGUUUGUCACGACUGCACCAGCUGACAUCCCUCAUGGGAGCUACACUGUGUGCUCAGGCAGCCGGCAGGUGAGGCUGGUGGGGAGCUCUGGGCGCUGUGCCGGGCGCGUGGAGGUCUAUUCCGGUGGCAGCUGGAGCUCCGUGUGCCAGGAAGGCUGGGACCUGCAGGACGCCGCCGUUGUCUGCCGGCAGCUGGGCUGUGGCAGGGCACUGGAGGUGCCAAGCUCGGCGCGCUCAGGUGCCGUCCCGGGGCCGCUGUGGCCGUACAUCCCCGACUGCUCCGGGUCCGAGGAGUCUCUCUGGGAAUGCGGGCGCACGGAACGGCGCCAGUGCGGGCGCGGCGGCGGGGCAGGGGCCGUCUGCUCAGAGCAGCUCUCCGUGCGGCUGGCAGGAGGCCACGGGCGCUGCCGGGGCUACCUGGAGGUGUCCUACAACGGCACCUGGGGCCGCGUGUGCGCCAGCGGCACCAGCAGCGGCACCGCCGCUGCCGUCUGCCGCCAGCUGGGCUGUGGGGACCAGGGCUCGCUCUCACCUGUCCCCUCCCAGCAGCCACCCCUUGCGUGGCUGGCCUGGGUGGGCUGUGAGGACGGGGCCCGCUCGCUCUGGGGCUGCCCCUCGGCCCCCUGGCACCUGCAGAGCUGUGGCACCGACGGGUACGCACAAGUGGAGUGUGAGGAGGACAGUGACGGCACCUCUGAUGGACACAGCGCCCCAUAUCCAGAGGGUGCCACCAGCACAGGUGUCCCCAGCAGAACGCCCUCAGCAGUGGCCCUGGGGACUGUGCCUGUGCCCACUGUGCUGUGCGUGGUGCUGGGGACGCUGCUGUGCCUGUCUCUGGGUGCCCUGGCCCUGCUGCUGUGCCGUGCCCGUGCCCGACGCCGAGGCCCUGGCAAAGCUGCAGAUGCCACCUCCAAUGCUAUUUACGAGGAGCUGGAUUACAAAGCCAUGCCAGAGUACCAGGAGGUGCCCACUCCCCCAGGUUCCCUGUCGGGGGGAUGGGUGAAGAAGCUGCCGUAUUACACCGGGGACAGCGUGGAGGGGAGUGACACCGAGGCAGCGCCAGAUCCCCCUGCCCAGCCCGAGCAAGGAAGCCCGGAUGGCUACGACGAUGCCCUGGAUGUGCCACAGGAGGCCCCUGCUCCCAGCACGGGGGACAUCUCUGAGGGAGUGGCACGGCAGAAGUGGAUCUGUGUCCUCCCCACAGGUGGGAUCUCGUCCCCUCCAAGUCACCCAGGAGCCACCAGGGACCCCACGGAUCAGCCCCCUGGGCACAUGGACUAUGAUGAUGUGGGCUGCAGCGCCCUGGGGACACUGCCAUGAGGAUGUCCUGGCCAUGCCACAGCCCUGGGGACACGUGUGUGGCAGUGUGGUGGGGCCCUGCCCAUGGAAGUCAGCCCUCGCUGUCCAGCACUGCAGGAAAGCAGCUCCUGUGUAGGGAUUUUCUUUGAUUUCAGUGUGAAUUUCCCCUUUUUUCCUAUUAAAAUCCAAACUGGUCAGAGACUCA